CUGCCAAUCUUCCACUCUCCUAUUUCUUUUUUUUCUUUUUUUUUUGGUGGGUGGGGGUAGGGCAAUUUUUGGCUUCAAGUUCAAUUGAAUUCUAUGCAUAUAUGCGCAUACAUCCCUACAUACAUACAUACAUACAUACAUGAAUCUUUGUACCUUUUUGGCUGUAGAAUGUCAUUACCAUAGCAUAUAUCAGCAGAGACAAUCUCUCCCAUUUUCCACUUCUUUUCAAACCCUUUUCUUCUCCGUCCUCGGCUAUAAGAAAAGCCAUCUUCCUCUUUGCAAUUGGGGCUAGGAAUGGCUUCUUCAAGAGACACCACUCGUGCUAGGGUUGCUACUCUCUGUCUCUUUCUCUGUGUUUUUCUAGCCAGACUUGGGCUCUGUUUUGCUUCUAAGGUCUAUGUGGUUUAUAUGGGAAGCAGAGGAGGUGAUGGGCCUGAACAGAUUUUGAGGCAAAACCACCAAAUACUUACAGAUAUUCAUGGAGGAAGAGCUGAACAAGCCAAGGAGUCUCAUGUUUACAGUUACAGGCAUGGCUUCAGAGGCUUUGCCGCUAAGUUGACUAAAAACCAGGCUUCUGAAAUUGCCAAGAUGCCUGGAGUGGUCUCAGUGUUUCCCAAUCAGAAAAGGAGGCUUCACACAACUCAUUCAUGGGAUUUCAUGGGUCUUCUUGGGGAAGAAACCAUGGAAAUCCCAGGGUUUUCCACCAAGAACCAAGUGAAUGUGAUCAUGGGCUUCAUUGAUACUGGAAUUUGGCCUGAAUCUCCAAGUUUUAGUGAUGCCCGGAUGCCUCCAGUGCCAUCCAGAUGGAAGGGGCAAUGCCAACCAGGGGUAGCAUUCAAUGCUUCCAUUUGCAACAGGAAGAUAAUAGGAGCGAGAUAUUAUUUGAGUGGCUAUGAGGCCGAAGAAGAGCCAGCAAAGACAGUGUCAUUCAAAUCAGCGAGGGAUAGCUCUGGCCAUGGCACCCACACAGCCUCGAUAGCAGCUGGCCGCUAUGUGACAAACAUGAACUACGAUGGGUUAGCAGCCGGAGCAGCUAGAGGAGGUGCACCAAUGGCCAGAAUUGCAAUAUACAAGACAUGCUGGGACUCUGGUUGCUAUGAUGUUGAUUUGUUGGCUGCAUUUGAUGAUGCUAUUAGAGAUGGGGUUGAUAUUUUGUCUGUGUCUCUGGGCCCUGAUGCUCCUCAGGGAGAUUAUUUCAGUGAUGCCAUCUCUGUGGGGUCUUUCCAUGCUGCUAGCCAUGGAGUUUUGGUGGUUUCUUCGGCUGGAAACGAAGGAAGCCAGGGAUCUGCCACAAAUCUUGCUCCUUGGAUGGUCACUGUAGCUGCUAGCUCGACAGACCGGGAUUUUGUGUCUGAAAUCAUGCUGGGUGAUGGCACCAACUUCACGGGUGAAAGUCUGAGUCUACUUCAGAUGCCAAGGUCUGCAAGGAUCAUCUCUGCCUCUGAAGCCUAUGCUGGGUACUUCACUCCUUAUCAAUCCAGUUACUGCUUGGACAGUUCAUUGAAUAGAACAAAGGCCAGGGGGAAGGUCCUGGUUUGCCGGCAUGCUGAGAGUUCGACAGAGUCCAAGCUGGCGAAGAGUCGGGUUGUUAAAGCAGCUGGUGGAGUUGGGAUGAUUCUUGUAGAUGAAGCAGAUAGAUAUGUUGCCAUUCCUUUCACGAUCCCUGCAGCUACUGUUGGAAAACGUACAGGAAAUGAGAUUCUGACUUACAUAAACCAGACAAGGAAGCCAUUGUCUAGGAUUUUCUCUGCAAGGACUGUCUUGGGAUCUCAUCCUGCUCCAAGAGUAGCAGCAUUUUCUUCCAAGGGUCCAAAUUCCUUGACCCCAGGAAUUCUGAAGCCUGAUGUAACAGCCCCUGGAUUGAAUAUCCUGGCAGCCUGGUCUCCAGCAAACGGAAGAAAGCAUUCCAACAUUCUCUCUGGCACUUCCAUGGCUUGCCCGCACGUGACGGGAAUCACAGCCUUGAUCAGAGCUGUGCACCCUUCAUGGUCUCCAUCUGCAAUCAAAUCUGCAAUCAUGACAACUGCCACUGUGUUUGACAAGAAUCACAUACCUAUCACGGUUGCCCCACAGGGGAGGAGGGGGAAUGCAUUCGACUAUGGUGCUGGUUUUCUGAACCCAACAAGAGUCCUGGAUCCCGGCCUCAUCUAUGAUGCUAAGCCAGCAGACUAUAAAGCCUUCCUCUGCUCCAUCGGCUACAAUGAGAAGAUGCUGCAUCUGGUAACAGGAGACAACAGCACCUGUGAUCAAACAUUUGCAACUGCAACCAGCCUCAACUAUCCAUCCAUCACCGUGCCCAAUCUCAAACACAGCUUCUCAGUAACCAGAACCGUGACAAAUGUUGGGAAGCCAAGAAGCCACUACAGAGCUGCAGUCUCCUCUCCCAGGGGAUUCAAAGUAACAGUUGUGCCAAGGGUUUUAGUCUUCAGGAGAUACGGCCAAAAGAUCAGUUUCAGCGUGAAAUUUAAGGCAACUGCUCCUUCAGAGGGCUAUGCAUUCGGAUUCUUGACAUGGAUGAACAGAAAAUCACGGGUCACAACCCCACUGGUAGUCAGAGCCACGCCAUCUGACAUGGGGUUACUCAGAUAACAGGGCUGAGGUUGAAUUGUUGAAGCUUUGAGUAUGUCACCUGUACUAGAAAACAUAUUGCAAACAUGGGGAUGAAAAUUCCACACAGCUGUCAUUGAGAGUUGAAAAUACUUAAUUUCAGCUGGGUAGCAAUGCAACUACUCUCAUUUGUUUAAGAAAACCUUCAUACAAAACAAUAUAUAACCAAAUUCAUUAUUU